GAUGCUAUCACUGCCCACUCUGAGUCAUCAGACCAGAAGCUAACAGAAAUCAAAGCUGAGAGGAAGCAUCCACCAGAGAAGCCUAGUGGAGCCAGGAGAGGAACCACAGCAGCAGUGGCAGGAGCUUCCAGGUCUCGUCAUGGAUUCUCUAUCCGAAGCCAAUGGCACCUUUGCUUUCAACCUCUUGAAAAAGUUGGGGGAAGGCAAUUCGAAGAAUAUCUUUUUCUCACCCCUGAGCAUCUCCUCUGCAUUGGCUAUGGUCCUCCUGGGGGCAAAAGGAAACACAGCUGCCCAGAUGUCUGAGGCACUUUCUUAUAAUAAAUUGAGAGACAAAGACGAAGUUAUUCACCAGGGGUUCCAGGCACUUCUCACUGAAAUCAAUAAGCCUGGCACCCAGUAUGUGUUGAAGACUGCCAGCAGGCUCUUUGGAGAAAAGUCCUAUGACUUCCAUCCAACAUUUAAAGACUCCUGCUACCAAUUCUACCAAGCAGAAGUGGAAAAUCUGGAUCUUAUUAAUGCUGCUGAGAAGUCUAGGAAACACAUCAACACAUGGGUUGCCAAUAAGACUGAAGAUAAAAUCACAGAGGUACUGCCUCCAAAUUCAGUUGAAUCGUUGACCAAGCUGAUACUUGUGAAUGCCAUCUACUUCAAAGGACAGUGGUUUAGUCAGUUCCAGACAGAGCGCACCCUGGAAAUGCCUUUCAAAAUCAAUGAGGAGGAAGAGAAGCCAGUGCAAAUGAUGUUUAAGUCAUCAACAUUGAAAAUGAACUAUGAAGAAGAGAUCUCCACUGAAAUUCUGGUGCUGCCCUAUUGUAGAAAAGAGCUGAACAUGAUCAUCAUGCUUCCAGACGAGGGUGUCAGCUUGGAAAUGCUGGAAAAAAAACUUACUUAUGAGAAAUUCUUAGAAUGGACAAGACCAAACAAGAUGUAUGAACAAGAGUCAGAAGUUCUCCUUCCACGAUUUAAACUGGAAGACAACUACAACAUGGAGGAGGUUCUUCGCAGUUUAGGAAUGACUGAUGCCUUCGACCUGAACAGGGCCGAUUUCUCUGGAAUGUCUCCGGAGAAAGACCUGUGUUUGUCCAGCGUCAGACACAAGUGUUUCUUAGAGGUCAACGAAGAAGGUGCAGAAGCAGCAGCUGCCUCUUGUGUGGUCAUAUUUUUCAAAAGCGGACAGAGAACUCACAGGUUCUGUGCAGACCACCCCUUCCUUUUCUUUAUCCAGCACAGCAAAACCAACACUAUUCUCUUCUGUGGCCGGUUUUCCUCUCCCUAAGGAAAUAAAAAUGACUAUAGACGUUUCUCUCUUCUCUCAUUGCUGGCUUUUCACCCUCAUCUUGCAGCUGACGGUGACAUUACUAGGGCACUGAUGUCAAUCCAGAAGGUAGAGAGAUAAGCUUUAAAGUCCUUGUUAUGGUUGAUUCUGUUAUAUUGGACAUUAAUUGUUUUUUUAUUUUUGGGGGGGAGGGGGAUCUAAAGUGUACCUUUACUCAGGUUUUGUUCAUUUUGACAGUGGUAUCAGGGGACUCUGAUUGAUAAUCUCUGUGUGGAAGGAGGUAUCUUCCCCAGCACCCCUCGCCCCCCCCAAAAAAAAAAACACAUGUAUUUCAACUGUG